AUGGGAUCAUUGUCACCACCCUCUCAAUCACCACCUUACCAGACCUACAACCUUCAUCCUGCCAAUUGGGAGGAUGACCCCGAGGUUGAACGCCGACCUGUGGGCGUAUUGGAUUACUUUAUGCCGCAGACGUACAACAACUAUGCCUUGUUCUUCCGGUUCUCUUCUCCAGCUGCUGUCACAGAGGAGGAUAAAAUCCGGGUUGUUGAGACCUUGAAGGCGGGGUUUGAGCACAUGUUUUCUCAGGUCCGGCAUCUGGUUGGGAGACUUGAGAGAAACCCUGAGAAACCAGGCGAGCUGCAGUAUGUGAGGAGGAAGGGGGACACGGUCAGGUUUGAUGUUCAGCAUCUUGGCUCGGAGGAGGCAGCAGAUGGGAAGAAGUACCCGAGUAUGGACGAGUUGGAGGAGAAGCACUUUAGGGGUGUGUUGUUGGGGGAUUUGAAGGUUUGGAGUAUUCCUGGCAUGACCUACGGCUGCCACCCUCCAGCCCACCCAUCCAACAACCCCGUCAUCUCAGCCUACAAGCUCAACUUCAUCCGGGGAGGCUUCAUCUUGAACAUGCACCACCACCACUUCGCCAACGACGUCAUCGGCUGGGUAGGUUACACGACCCAGCUCUCCAAGAUCUGCCAAGCCCUGUCUCGCUCUAGGCCUAUACCCCCCUUCCCCCUCAGCUGCCUGGACAACUCAGCUCUCAACCCGCCCUCAAACACCCCCCCAUCAUCAGACAAACCGAUCAAACCCCAGGUGUACAACCCCCCUGACCCAACCAAGAAAGGCGUCUCACUGCUAUUCCACCUCCCCGCCUCCAAAGCCGCAGCAUUGAAAUCCCUCGCCUCAUCCGACCUGUCCAGCUCCCACCCCAACGCAUGGAUCUCAACCUUUGACAGCCUCGCCGCCUUGCUCCUCCGCAGUUUCAUACGGCUCUCCCCCCUCGACCUCGACCCAGCUACCGUCCCGUUUUAUACGCACACUAUCAACCUCCGCCCGAGGCUGUCACCCCCUUUGCAUCCAGGGCACCAGUUCAAUUGCAUCGGCUGCCCUCUCUCAGUUUCCCCGCCGGCAGGGGUGGUGCAGCCGACGGUGGGGGAUAUUGUCAGUGGUUGGAGUUUGGGGAGGUUGGCGUUGUAUGUAAGGGAGAUGACGCAGGGGAUUGUCACGUUGGAGAAUGGGGUUUUGGAUGGGAUGAUACGGGAGAUGGGGAAGGCGGUGGAUAAGGUGGGACUGAGUAUCAGGUUGGAUGAAUUACCGGAGGGAGGGGUGUAUAUUACUGAUCAUAGGGAUGUUGGGGGGUUGCUUGGAGGGGAUUGGGGGUUUGGAAAGGGGCGGAGGACGAAGUUGGUGGCGUAUAGGCAUUUGGUGGAUAGCAUUGACCAGGGGGGGGUUGUGGUUUACCCUUCGAGAGCGGGAGUAAAAGGGGAUGAGGAGGAGGGGAUUGAGUUUGUGGUUUUUGCUGGGGGAAGUGAGGAGGUGGCGUUGGGGAGGUUGGCGGGGGAUAGGGAAUGGGGGGAGUGGUUUGAGUUUAGGGGGUUAGAUGGGGUUGAUUUGAGGGGUAGGUGA